AUGGUAUCCGUGGCCCCGCUCUCUCUCUCGCGAGCCCCUUCUGCCUCGGUGAUUGGGGUGGCGGACAGCUCCGCAGAGCCCCGCCGCGUGGAUCCACUCGCCGCCCACCAGGCGGCGAUGGAGAAGAACACGCGGGAGGUGCGAGAGGAGCGGGAGGCCGCGGCCCGGGAGAAGGCGGAGGCGGCCAAGGCGGCGCAAGCGAAGGCCGAUGCAGUGGCCAAGGCACAGGCCGAUGCAGCGGCCAAGGAGCAGGUGCCGGAGGGCCAGGCGCCGACUGGAGGGGCCGGCGGCGACCAGUCGGCCUUGGAGAGGGGAGGGGGCGACUCCGUCGUCUUGGAGAGGGGAGGGGGCGACUCCGUCGUCUUGGAGGUGGAGGUGCCACCACGCGCGCCAACUACCGACGCUCGGGGCAGUCGGCCUGAAGCACCGCCGGUGUCACCAUCUGGCGGGGCAGCUGCCGAACUGCAGCAGCGCCUGGACAAGGUCCAGACCGAGCUUCACGCCAAGGAGCAGGAGUACAGCCAGGCGGCCCAGGAGUGCGACCGCCUGCCCAAGGAGCUGGCGGACCAGGCGGAGCAGCACAAGGCGGAGCUCCAGAAGCUGAAGGAGGAGGAAGACUCCCUCAAGGCCGAGUUCAAGACUCAAUGCUCGAACUGGGCCGAGAAGGAGAAAUUCUUGACCGACGGCCACGAAUUCCUUCCUGGUCACUCCGUCGCCAUCAGCCAGGACACCGAGGCGCGUCGCGACAUGCGAAGGAGGGCGGGCCCGGACAUCGCGCCCAACCCGCCCCGGAAUCUCGGCGAGCAGCUCCUCACCGUCAAGACGCACCUGCAGCCGGCCCAAAGGAUGCUCCACCGCCUGCAGCGCGCCAGAGUUCAGGUGCUGACCGCCCUCUGGCCAGACGCUCAAGUUCCAUGCACCCUCAGUCAGACUGCCGACUGGUUGGAGGUAGCUGCCGGCCGCUUCGAGGCUUGGAAGGGCGCCGCCGCUCAGGCAGGUGCGUGGACGGCCUUGGAGUUCACCAAGGCGUGGUAUGCUGGGCUGGACCUGGCCCAGCUGGCCACCUUUCGGCAGGAGGCCGGACCGGAGCUGCUGGCGGUGGGCCGCGCGCUUACUCAACGCGCGGCGACGAUCGCCGAGUAUGCCAAUAGCACCGUCUUCAUCCCCGAACUGGACGAGGAGGGCGCCGAGGUGCCGUCCAACUGGUUCGGGCUGAACCGGGCGGACGGGGAGGACUUGGCGGAAGAGAUCGCUUCCAGCGAUGAGGGAGAGGACAAAGAGGACGAGGACGACGAAUACGCCGCGCCGGAGAACCGGCCUGAGCCUGACCAAGCCUCGACCAGCGAGCUAUGCAAUGCCGCGCCGACUGCUGCCGACGCCGACCAAGCCGAGACCAGCCAGUCGGCCGCUCCAACAUCCAGUGCCGCAGCCUCCGCCAGCCUGUCGGACCCGCCUGCUGCUCCUCUGGCAUAG